AGACUAAAAUUAGUUGAUAAACUGUUUGGCACACCGAUCGAACAAAGCUUAAUUACGGUUCUGGCCAGCGCCCUGUCACCACAGCGGAAUCGGGCGUGGGUUGCAACCGAGGCUGUCGGGUCGGGGGAUCCUAUAAGACAGGCGGGUGGACAGCGGUAACCACCCCCGCCUAGUGCACUCCACUCCUCAAAAACCUCCCCAAACCCCCAGAAACUCCCAUCCCGUCACCUCCAUCCUCCACACCACCUCCACUCCACCGCCGCCGUUUCCCAACGAGGUCUCCUCCUCGGCUUCCUCCACUCCACGCCACGUCGCCACACCACCGUUGCCGCCCCCGGCCUUGUUCUUCGCGCUUUUUACUUCCUCGGUGUUCCUUCCUAGGACCAGUAGGAGGAGUAGCACUCCGAGAGCGAAGCUUCCCCCUCGCCGAGGAGCCAGGAGUCACUCACGGAGCUCGAAAACCGUUAGAGAUACUGUAGUAUCCCCGGCGGGGCCGCGGCAGCUGCUGCGUCGGUACUACGAGCGCCGCAGGGGAGAGGACGGGGCGCGGCUUUACUGCUGCUGCCUCUGCUUUCAGCUACUGUACUACCGUGGCUGCUGCUGCCUGCUGCUCCUGCCGCAUUUCCGUUGCUCUUUUUAAAGAGCCCGUCUUUACUGCGCCACUCCCUUCCGGCCUUCCCCUCUGCGCCCCGGUCUGCCUUCCUGCUCCCAUCGCACCGCAUCCAUCCCCCUCCCUUGGCUCUUUAUUCCCCUACCGAUCAGCAGAGAAGGACGGAAUCCACCCCGGCCGGCCGUUCCGAUCACCCCUGCAGCUUCUUUUCCUUUUGGGGGCAGGGGUGCAGCUCGGCAGGGCCUGGUUUGCCGGGGGUUCUUGUGUCAACCAAGUACUUGCUCGGCUCUCCUUCCUCGUGCGCUUCAGGCCUACACGGCUAGCAGCUAGCUUGGGUGAAGCUCCCGGCAGCGAUCUUUGUCGUGCUGCGUGCCAUGUCGCGCCCGCGCACGGUGCGGAUCUUCUGGGACGAUCCUGACCUGACGGACUCCUCCAGCGAGGAGGAGGGCUGCGGGACCCGGAGGGUGGGCAGGAUGGUGCGGGAGCUGCCACCCAUGGCGGGUGCGGCGGCGGCUGCUCCCGUGCCGGACCAGUGCAACGCCGGGGACGGCGACCGCGGGAGGAGACUCGGCGUUGCUGCUCCCGGUGCGUGCAGCGGGGCGCGGAGACGGCUGGCCAAGACUGGCCCGAGCACCAAGUUCCGCGGCGUCCGGAGGCGGCCGUGGGGCAAGUUCGCCGCGGAGAUCCGUGACCCGUGGCGCGGCGUGCGCGUGUGGCUCGGCACCUUCGACACCGCGGAGGAGGCCGCCCGCGUCUACGACACCGCCGCCAUCCAGCUCCGCGGGGCCAACGCCACCACCAACUUCUCCGCCGCCGCUAACUCCGGCUCCAGGGCCGGCCAGCGGGACCCGGCGACCCCCGGCUACGAGUCCGGCACGGAGUCCUCGCCGGCGGCGUCGUCGCCGACGUCCGUGCUCCGCAAGGUCCCCUCCCUGUCCUCCCUCGCCGAGGACGACUCCUGCGCGGCCCCGUGCGAGCCAGCCGCGGGGUGCCGCAGCCUGGCCGUCCUCGAGGAGGAGGAGCUCGGCCAGUUCGUGCCGUUCGAGGACGCGCCGGUCUACGCCACCAGCGGCUUCUGGGACUUCGAGCCCGACGCGGGGUUCCUCUACGCCGAACCGUCGUCGCCGGAGGCGUCGUGGAACGCCGCCGCCGCCGCCGAGCCGGCCUCGUCCGACGACGCGCCCAGCUGGGCCGCGUCGCCGGUGCAGGAGAACGACUACUUCCAGGGCCUCCGCGAUCUCUUCCCGCUCAACCCGCUUCCCGCGAUUUUCUGAGCGGGCGGGCGGGGGGACGGACGGAGAGCGCCGGAACCGGAACGGGCUUCGGUGAUUCGUCCGCCGGAUUUGUUUGUUUUUUUUGGACGACGUCGAGAGUUUGGUGUGUCGUGUGCCUGCGUGCACUGUGUACUUGUAUCGAUGAGUUUUUGAGGUGCUGGAGUCUACGAGUUAUUAGUACGUGAAUGUUUUUUUUAAGUGCCGUCC